ACAGUCAAGCACAGUCAACGCUGAACGGCACUGGAGAGCGGAUAUGAUGGCGGACUACACAGAGACGUCCCCUGUCGUUCAGACGACACACGGAAAAGUACGGGGAACUUUGCUAAAAGGCCUCUACGACGAUAAGUUUUACGCUUUCGAUGGCAUCCCGUAUGCUGUUCCUCCACUUGGAACAUGGCGCUUCAAGGAGCCCCAGGAUAUGGAUCCCUGGAACGGAAUUCGAGACUGCUCCAAGCCCCUGGACAAGUGCCUGCAAGUGAGCAGCUAUACUAAGUUGGUGGAGGGUUCCGCGGACUGCUUGUACCUGAAUAUCUCCGCAAAAACUUUGAAGAGCGAUAAACCUCUGCCACUGAUGGUAUAUAUCCAUGGUGGCGGUUUCAAGGGCGGCGAUCCCUCUAGACGAGCCUGGGGUCCCGACUAUUUUAUGAGAGAGAAUGUCAUCCACGUCAGUAUCGGCUAUCGCCUAGGGCCAUUUGGGUUUCUUGCUUUUGAGGAUCCCUCCUUGGAAAUACCUGGCAACGCAGGUCUUAAGGAUAUAGUCCUGGCCCUCCGUUGGAUCAAGGCGAAUGCCGUCAACUUCAAUGGCGAUCCGGAUAACAUUACUCUCUUUGGUCACAGCUCCGGCAGUAUGGCAGUUCAACUCCUAUUAGCCAGUCCCCAGACAGAGGGGCUUUUCCACAAGACCAUCCUCAUGGCAGGCUAUUCCAUGGAGCUGAACCGCCAGCCUGAUAUGGAAUAUCGCCUGGCAAAGCACUUGGGCUACGAGGGCGAGAACGUCGACAGGCAGGUCUUAGACUUUCUCCUAAAGGCCGAUCCUCAUCUACUCGCCUCUGCGGACUUUUUCACUUCUGCAGAGAAGGGUAGUGGCCAUUCCAUGCCUUUCAGGCCCAGUGUGGAGAGCUACGUCACACCUGGCGCCGUUCUCCUUGCGGAACCUAUUAUCCUGCUACGCAGUUCCUGGAGCAAUAGCAUUCCUCUGAUAUUGGGAGCCACUAGUAACGAAGGAUUAUUAUCAGUGAAUGGGUUUUUUACCGAUCCCACGGUAUUGCAGCAGCUACAGACCUAUCCGGAGAGUGUGCUUCCCAAUACCCUAAGGAAUGCGACCAGUCCCGCCCAGCAACGAGCGAUGGGUAUUCAGUUGUUGGAGGACUUCUGCCACGCUCAUGGCCAGGAUCUGAACUUGGCGCAUUUCAGGGCGUUGGAGGAGCUCUUCACCAUCGACAUGCUCCACUCGCAGGAGAGAGUAAUCCGGGCCAGAUUGGCUUACAGCCAGGCACCAACCUAUCUCUACCGCUUCGAUUACGAUUCGCCAGACUUUAACCUCUACCGUAUUCGUUUUUGGGGUCCUGAUUUUCGGGGUGUGACCCAUGGUGAUGAGUUGGGGUACCUCUACGUGAUCCCGGCCACCUUUAAGUUGGAUAAAUCGCGACCAGAGUUCACCGCCAUCUGCCGCAUGGUGGCCAUGUGGGUCGGGUUUGCUGCCACCUCGAACCCUAAUGCUCCCCUAACCAAACCCUUGGUGGACUGGAAGCCCCUGACAUCAUCUGGUGCUCGGAUGCUUCUUAACAUUAAUGAGGAACUGAAGUUCAUCGCGCAGCCCGAGGAGCCAAGACUGGCUUGCCUCGAUCGGCUAUACGAACAGGCUGGUAUUGAGAUGUUUUAGUGCUUCCUGGUACCUAGUUCUUGUGUAGUCUAGAUCUAGAUAUUGUUUAUCAUAAAAGUCACUAGCUUAGAGAUUUGUGUUGAGCACUUUGAUAAGCAAAGCAAUAAAGAUAUAUGUACCUCUCCAGUACAGAUAAUACACUAUCUAAGGCAGAACAACCCACCACGGAUAAAGUUUAAAUAAAAUGAGAAAUAAUUUUCAAAUAAUUUGUACAUAUUUUUAUGGAACCAUUAAAAAAUACUUGUUAUUUAUAAAUUAAUAAACCUUUUACCUCCUUCCAUCAA